AUGAAAGUAUGUAAUCUUUGGAAUGGAGAAUGGAUACCAAAUGCUGCAGAACCAACAUACACAUAUAAUACCUGCAAUCUAAUACCACCAUAUGUAAACUGUGUGAAGAAUGGGAGGCCUGAUACAAGUUACCUUCAGUGGAGAUGGAAACCAAAUUCCUGUGACUUACCUCUAUUUGCAUUCAUAGGGGAUUCAAUUUGCCACAGCCUUGUGUUUUCCUUGAUCUGUCAAAUAGCUAAGGUAGCAAAGGCUCAUGAUAUCUAUCAUGAUCCAUCAUUCAAAACUAGGACAUGGUACUAUCCUUCUCACAACGUCACACUGUAUGUGAUCUGGUCUCCAUUUUUGAUUCAUUAUGAGACUGUUUUUAACCAUGGAGAUGCAUCUCAAAUUCACUUACACCUUCAUCUUGACAUCCUGGAUAGCAAGUGGACCAGUGAGUACAAUAACUAUGACUAUGUGGUGAUCUCUAUUGCUCCACAUUUCUUCAAAUCAAGCAUCAUAUAUGAAAAUAACCAAGUCAUUGGUUGCCAUCAUUGUCCUCGCCUAAGUCUAAAAAAUUUUGCAACUGAUGAACUUUACAGGAAGGCACUCCACUUUAGUCUCAAUUUUAUUGCCAAAUCUAAGCACAAGACGUUUUUCAUCCUUAAGACAUGGUCACCAAAUCACUCUGAGAAAGGAGAAUUGCCCAAUGAAAUAAUUUGCAAUAAGACUAGGCCAUUCAGAGAAGAGGAAAUCCCUUAUAAUUUUGGCACUAUUAUGAGGGGAGUUGAGGUUGAGGAGUUUGAGAAGGCUGUAGCCAUUGGGGAAGGAAAUAUGAUGAGAAUGGAGCUGCUUGAUACUUACCAUCUUUCACUCUUAAGACCUGAUGGGCAUCCUGGUCCUUAUGGUACUUUUCAUCCAUUUGAUGGUGAUAAAAAGAAGAAAGUUAAAAUUGAUUGCCUGCAUUGGUGCUUGCCUGGUCCCAUUGACACUUGGAAUGAGCUAUUACUAAAGAUAGUAAUCAAUGGAGAUGCUAACGAGUCUAUUGUUUCUACGUCGCUAUAA